GACCCCUUGUGGUUCCAGCACAGAAUGGCCUUAAACCACACUUCGCUGCCUCAGGACGAGCGCCUGCCACACUACCUUCGAGAUGGGGAUCCCUUUGCUUCCAAACUUUCUUGGGAAGCGGAUUUAGUGGCUGGCUUUUACCUGACAAUAAUUGGGAUUCUGUCCACAUUUGGAAAUGGAUAUGUCCUUUAUAUGUCUUCUAGACGAAAGAAGAAGCUGAGGCCCGCUGAAAUAAUGACUAUCAAUUUAGCGGUCUGUGAUCUGGGGAUUUCAGGCAAGCCGUUCACCAUCAUCUCUUGCUUCUGUCACCGCUGGGUGUUUGGCUGGAUCGGCUGCCGCUGGUAUGGAUGGGCUGGAUUUUUCUUUGGCUGUGGAAGCCUUAUCACCAUGACUGCUGUCAGCCUGGAUCGAUACUUGAAAAUCUGCUAUUUAUCUUAUGGGGUUUGGCUGAAAAGAAAGCACGCCUACAUCUGCCUGGCAGCUAUCUGGGCCUAUGCUUCCUUCUGGACCACCAUGCCCUUGGUAGGUCUGGGGGACUACGCACCUGAACCGUUUGGAACCUCAUGCACCCUGGACUGGUGGCUGGCCCAGGCCUCGGUAGGGGGCCAGGUUUUCAUCCUGAACAUCCUCUUCUUCUGCCUCUUGCUCCCAACGGCUGUGAUUGUGUUCUCCUACGUAAAGAUCAUUGCCAAGGUUAAGUCCUCUUCCAAAGAAGUAGCUCAUUUCGACAGUCGGAUCCAUAGCAGCCAUGUGCUGGAGAUGAAACUGACAAAGGUAGCGAUGUUGAUUUGUGCCGGAUUCCUGAUUGCCUGGAUUCCUUAUGCAGUGGUGUCUGUGUGGUCAGCUUUUGGAAGGCCAGACUCCAUUCCCAUACAGCUCUCUGUGGUGCCAACCCUGCUUGCAAAGUCUGCAGCGAUGUACAAUCCCAUCAUCUACCAAGUUAUUGAUUACAAAUUUGCCUGUUGCCAAACUGGUGGUUUGAAAGCAACCAAGAAGAAGUCUCUCGAAGACUUCAGACUGCACACUGUAACCACAGUCAGGAAGUCUUCUGCUGUGCUGGAGAUUCAUGAAGAGGUAUGAAGAUGGAUACAGUAUCACUAUGGACACACAUAUUCACUUAUUUGCCUCUUCAUUGCUGUAAACAUUUGAUUGUGGCCACACUUUUGUCUUUAUAUUAUAUUUUUAUACUUUGUACAUUUUUCCUCAAGCCAGGGGUUGCUGGGAAAUUCCAACGGCUAAAUGGAAACUAGAUUAUAGGAUACUAAUUUAAUGAAUAUUAUCAGGAUGAGCGUCCCUGGAACUUUCUUUUCUUGUACUUUAAAACCUAUUGACAUGCCAAACAGUACUGAGUGUGAGAUAGUGAGAAAAAUGUUGAGAUGUUUUGUUUAUUAGGGGGUUAUUUAUUUUUAUUCCAUCAUUGUCAUUAUUAUUUCUAAUGUACGGUUAGAGAGGCAGUUUCUGGGCUUCCUUUAGAUGGACUAUCAUGUAUGACAAUUCUGAUGGCAGUGGUUCCACAAAAAAGUUCUCUGGGGAAAUCAGUUUUGCCUUAAAUCCCUAAAUGGAAAACUCUCUUGUAUCUCCAAAUUUGAAGACAACAGUAAUUUCCACUGAUGAUAAUUUUACCCACGUGGGUUUUCUCAUUAAGUUCUACUUACUAAAGUAGUGAAUGUAACAGGGCAUUAUGAGUUGUAAUUGCUUAAGAAGCAAAUUUAGUGAAGAUAGCUAUUUGUAAGUGUUGUUUCUUCUCUUUGUUCUUUAUUAGCUUGCUAUUUAUUUUGUUCAUUUCUUUUUUUAAACAAACACCUUUGGAGGCAGAUAAAUAAAGAGAUGUAGGUAUGAAUGAGAUGGAGUGAUUUCAAAGACAGACCCCUGCCCUUUAAAAGCGAUUGAAAAGAGGAGGCACGUAGAUACUGUGUCCAAAUAGGUUUUCUACUAAUUGUCUAUUACCUUUGCUUCUGAUCAGGUAAGCUGGGCCAUCUACAAUGCAGUUCUUUUAAUUCAAUGACUAGACAGGUGUUCGCUAUGCUUCUCCAUUCCAUCUACCUUGCCUUCUGCUACAAACUUAAGCCUUGCUCAUCAAUAGUGAUUCUGCCUUUCUGGUGAUGGCCAGCAAGAACAAUGAAAAGGGGAAGAGGGUGGCCUUUUUCAUGCCACUGAUAAUCUCUCCACUCCUUCCAUUUGAAGGUUUGUAGAGAAUCAUACCCUCCUCCAAGGAUCAACCUCAGGACAUGGCACCUUCAGUCCCUUUGUCUUUUCUUGGGAGUUCAGGGUGUGGGAUGAGGAAUGAGUUGAUAUGUGUCAUUGGUUUAAGAUAAAUGCCAAAUAGAUGUUGGAAAAUGUGCUAUAUGAGCACAACAACAAGAAAAAGCAACAACUCUGUUUGGGGCUUAUGACUGCACACCAAAGUCUGGAGAAAAGAAGAGGAAGAAUUGUGAUUAGAAUAGAAAGGCAAGGAACUUUUUAGCAGAAGUGCAAAUUGCAGAGGUGUAAAAGCAUGUGGCACUUCAGAUGAAAGUAGACACCGCUGUAAAG